UGAAAUAACAACGACGACGACAACAUUGAAUCAACAUAGCAAAAAAAUAGUGAAUAAUAAUCAUGGAUUCUACUACAAUUCCAUCAUCAUCAUCAUCGGCGACGACAACAACAAAUCAACCAAUUUCAACAAGUUCAACGAUAACUAAUAUUAGUGAUGAACAACAACAACAACAACAAGAACAAUUUUGUAUGGCUGCUGCAAAUUGUCUUAAUAAUAAUAAUAACAAUGCUUUAUUAUUUUCAACUGGUGGUUCACAACAUUUUACCGAUGAUGUUCGUAAAUGUGGAACUAUGCGUAAAUUAAAGACAAAUAAACGUAGAUUUUUUGUUCUGCGUCUGAAUUCAUUGUUAACAUUGAGCAAAGCAACAAUUUCAUAUUAUGAUAAUGAAAAAAAAUUUCGUGAUAAAUGUCCAGCACGUCGUACAAUUAUGUUAGUAGAUUGUUUUGCAGUGGCACGUGUUCCCGAUCAAAAACGAUUUAUAUUGGGUAUCUAUACCAAAGAAGAUUUAUUAGCCACUAUAUGUGAUGAUGAAAAACAAUUAAAUGAAUGGUUACAAGCAAUUCGAUCGAUAUUAUAUCGUACACCUGAAUAUCAUUGUCGAUCGUUAAGAGAUUUUCAUUUUAUAUGGCAAGGACAUAUAAAUCGUGUGGAUGGUGCAUUACCUCGGUCUUUAAUUGGAACCUAUCGUUUUUGUUUGAUGCCUACUAUUUUGUAUUUGAUUCGUUUAGAAUCAUCCAAUUCAAAUAAUAAUAAUAAUAAUAAUAGUGUAGCCAACAAUAAUCCACCGAAUCGUUAUGAAUUUCCAUUAUCAAUUAUACAUCGUUGUGGACAUAAAGAUAAAACUUUUUAUCUAAAAAUUGGUCGUUUAUCCGAAUUGGGUGCCGGUGAAUGUUGGGUACAAACUGAUGAUCAAACAAUUGCUGAACAUAUGCAUGCUAAAGUAUCAUCAUUUUGGACAUUGAAUAAAAAUUCAAAAUCUAAUGCUGAAGAAAAUAGUAGCACAAAUAAUAACAAUACAACGUCAGGUGAUGAUCAUGGUCAAAGUUCAUCAACAGCAUCAUCAUUAGUCACUUAUCGACCAAGAAGUUCUUCUACAUCGAAUGCAAUUGAUCCAAAUCAAUUGUCCGAAUCAUCAUCGAGACAAUCUCAUCACUUGAUGAUGCAUCAAUUUAUGGCAGCUCAAUUUCAUCCUGGUCUUAAUCAAUAUCAUCAUCAUCAUACAAUGAAUAAUCGAAAUAGUAUGCCAGCAACCAGUAGUAGUACAUCAUCACAAUCACCAGUUAAUUCUCGUGAAAGAUUACAUUCAUGUUCAUCAUCAACCGGUGGUGGAGGUGGCGGUAGUGUUAGAUCACAUACUGCAAGUGAUUGCAGUAAUGAAGAUUUGUCUCAAGGAUAUUGUGCCAGUUCCAAUUCGAUUAGCAACAGUGUGGCUACUACACCAUUGGGUCCAAUGUUUCCACCUCCAUGGAAUUUACAUCAUCUAUGUCAUCAUCAUGGUAUGCCACAUCAUUAUACGCCAAUAGUUCCCACUUCUCAUCAUAAUCAUCCUCGUCAAUGUUCAUCAUCACAGAAUUCAUUCUAUCUAAACAAUUCUUUGGCUCAAUCUUCUAGUUCCUGUACUGGUGGUGGUGGUAUUCAUAAUCUACCUAAUCAGAUAAUUAAUAAUCCAAUCAAUUCAUCAAAUUCUUCUUUGUCCACUGAAACGGAUAUUCAAGAACAACAACAUAUUCAUGCUACUAUGUUUAGUCCAACAAAUUGUUUGGAUUUGCAUCCAAAUCAACAACAUGGUAAUCUAACAACUAUCGUUCAAGAUAACAGCGAAAAAGGUUUUUCUGCUGAUCUAGAUCUUUAUCCAGCCUAUAUACCUCCAUUUUCAUCUCAAACAACAUCAUCAGCAACAAUGCAGGCCUGUGCAAAUUGUUUUCAAAUGUAUUAUUUACCGUUGUUGCAACAACAACAACAACAUCAUCAUUCAUCUGCAACAUCAGGUCAACAGGCACAUCAUUCUCCCAUAACAUCUCCAAAAUGUCAUUGUUCUGCUUGUUUAAUGCAUUCAUUUGCACAUGAAUCAUCUAGUUCAUUAUCAUCUUCAUUAUCAUCUUCUAACACUAAUUGUUGUAUUAAUAAUGGUGGUCAAUCUUCUGUCAAUCAAAAUCAUCAUUAUUUACCCACUAUACCGGCUGGUGAACCAUCCGAUUAUGUUCCAAUGAAACCGAUGAAUGCUCAUAGUUCAAAUGAUGAUACAUCAAAAGCUAAUGAUGAAAUAUUGAAGAAAAAAUCAGAUGACAAUGAAGAAGAUAAUUGUUAUCUACAUAUGUCACCAUUGUCUGUUACAAAUGGUGAUGGAUCAAAUCCAAUAGUCACAUCAACAUCAAAUAGUAUUUCGAAUAGUAUUGAAUUUAAUUUAGAAAAAGUUCGUUCUUAUAUUCGAAAUGAUGAAAAUACUACUACUACUACUACUACCGGUAAGAAUAUACCUGUAACAAUUCCUGUAAAUAUGAAUGAAUCAAAUGAUGAUACUAUAUUCAAUGGAUUAACACGAGCUUAUUCAACUGGAAGUAAACCACAACCAUUAGCACCAUUAAUCGGUUCACAAUGUAAUAAUAAUAAUCAGCCUAAUGUUUCGAACAGAACAAAUAUUGAAACAGAUAAAGUUGUUAAACAACAGCAGCAGCAGCCAUCAUCAUCAGCAACUAUGACUAGUCAUCCAAUCCGAACUCGAGCAUCUUCAACUGGUAGUCAUGGAAUGAAAUUCAGUGCAUUUCUUAAUUCUCGACGUAAAAAUAAAAUGACAACAAUUAUUCCUGCUCAACAACAAUCACAAAUGACAAAUCCUCAAUUCCAUGGUGAUUGUUAUGGUAAUUGCCAAUUUCCAUUAUCAAUGGAAACAGCUUCUAGUUCAUGUUGUUCGUUAAUAGAAGAACAACCAACAAACAAAGCUGCUAGUGCACCUAUAUUAUCAUCGUUAGUUCAACCAAGAGUUAGAAGUUUAACAUUAGGAUCUAAACCGGCUGGACUUCGAUUACAUAAUCUAUUUAAAAAUAAAUCAAACAGUGUAACGGCGACAUCUUCUGUUCAUCAAAUUAAUCCCCUUCUACAAUGUUCAUCACAAAUACCAUCACACAAUAUCUACAGUCAUUCAUUGAUUGGUCAACCGAUCACAUCCUGUACCUGUUCUCAUCAUCAUAAUCAUUUUGGUCAUCAUCCUCAUCCUCAUAUGACAAUUUGUCCAUCCACAACAACAUCUCAACCAGUGCCACAUUUAAAUAAUCACCCAUUGCCUGUAUCAUUUUUACCAGAAGAAGGAGAUUUAAUGGAAAUUGAUUAUUCAGCCAACAAUAAAGGCAACAAAGAUAUUCAUCGACCUUUUCAAAAACAUCAUCAUAAUCAUCAUCAUCAUCACAAUCAUCAUCACCAUUAUCACUCAACAAAAUCAACAGCUACUGAUCAAAAGAUCAAUGAUUCAUCGAAUGAAACAAUUCAAAAUGAAUUAGGUAUGGACAAAAAAGACAAUGAUCAAUUUGUAUCAUCAUUUGAAUCUCAAUCAAAAUCAUCAGCAUCAGAUUUUUCCAAUCGAACUCGUAAAAAUUCGGAUUCUUCACAAUCAAAUUCUGAAAUAAUAAUGAUCAAUUCUCAUAAAUCAACAUCGAAAGAUCAUCAAACACAGAAAUCAAAUUCAAAUAAAUUGGAUCAUCUAGUUCAUACAUUUAAACAUAGUUUAUCAUUACAUAGUUCGAAACAAUCACAUUCGAUUAAUACAUCAUCAUCAUCAUAUGAUGAUAAUGAAGAUUAUAUUAUGUUUACACCUGGAUCAUCUAUGGACAAAAAUGAUCGUAAUAAUUUAUUUUCAAAAUCAUUACCCGAACAAAAUAUUAUUGAUCGUAAAUUGACAAAAACUUCGAAUCAAUUAGUAGCACCAUUAGCUACAAAUGAAAUUCUAAGCGAUGAUGAUCAACAACAUCAACAAAAUUUAGCUGAAGAAGCUGAAGACGAAGAAGAAUCAACUUAUGUAUUAAUGUCACCAGAUCAAUCGUCGAAUGCAUCAUCAUCAUCGACAACAAUUACAUCAAACAAUAGUGAUAAUAAUAAAAAAUCUAGUUCGAAAAAACAUAAAAGUUUAGCAAUGCGAUCACUUUUUGCAUCAUUAAAAAAUACCGCUAGUCACGGUAAUCAUCAAAGUUCUGGUUCAAGAUUUCGAAUCAAAAGAAGUAUUAGUAGUUGUAAUAAUGAUAAUAAUAAUAUCAAAACAACCAGUGAUCGAAAUCAACGUCAAAAUUCAUCACGUUCUGAAUCUUCACCAUUAGAUGAUGCACCAUUAUCAUUAUCAUCAUCAUCAUCACAAACAACUAAAAAAUCAUCGACUAACAAUAUUUCAAAGACACCACCACCACCGACUGCAACAAUUAUUACAUGAUUAUUAUUAUUCUUUGACUUUUUUUCUUCUUUUUUUUAAUGAUGAUCCCAAUUGACAAAAUUCUGUUCAAUGUAUUUAAUAU